CUGCGCAUGCGCAGGUGCAGUCUUACCCAAACAUGGACGAGUCGAAACUUUAAUCCAAAACUUCCCUCUGUGGAUAUUUUCAAUACAUUUACACUUAACUGCAGUACUAAAAUGGAUUUGAUACGACGACAAAGGACUUCUUCCGGAAGUGGGAUGUAUUUAGUUUUAUUUCUCAGCCUCGUUUUGCAGUCAGGCCCGGCGUCCUGUAUAAAGGUGACCGCUCCGGAGGAGAUAAAUGCAGUACAGGGCGAGAUGGUAACCCUGUCCUGCCAGUUCACCUCGACUCAUCGCCCGAGUAGCCGAAUAUCCAUCGACUGGUCCUUCAGACCUCAGAGCGGAGGCCCUUCCCAAGUUUUCUUCCACUUCUACUUGCUGGCGUACCCUCCGAAGGAAGGGCACUUCAAUGGGCGCGUGCAGUGGCAUGGUGACCCGGCGCGAGGCGACGCGACAAUCAGGCUUCUGAACGCAUCACUGCACGAUAAUGGCACUUACAGCUGCGUCGUUCGCAACCCGCCCGACUUCCAGGGUCCCCCUUCAAACACCAUCCUCACCGUCAGCCUCAAGAAAGCAAGUGUGCACUUUUCGGACAUCGCUGUGCUGCUGUUCUUCGUCCUCCUGCCGUCAUCGCUGAUAGCACUGGUCUUGUUAGCGAGAAUGCUCUGUCCUUGUUGCUCUCCACGAUUCAAGACCUCGCAUCUCGGCCAUCACUCGCCCAUAGAGGUCACUGAUGGGGAAGAAAUGCUCCCAUACAGUAAGGAGUGCGGAUACCAUCACCCCUCACCAAAUCAGAAGCCUCCCAUGUGCUGCAAAAUGUAUAUGGAGGACUCCGAUGAAGAAUGCCGCAGAUAUUUUGAGAAGCAACAAAGUAAUACAGUACAACCACAGGCCGAAUCGCAGUGUUAGAUCUGACACGAUGCUCUGGUGGAAAAACAGGCAAAAACUUCAGUGCAGACAUCUUCAUUUACUAUCAUUUACUACAAAAACAAAUGCUUUCCAGCUGGUCUGAUCUGAGCUGAACUGAUCCAAACUCAGUUUUAGCAGAGUUCCUUCAGCUUGCGGUCUAUAGGAUUCUUGCUAGCUUGAUUGAUUUAGCGCUACAUUUCUUCCUGUUAGCUUUAACAACCUCAGUUCAGAAUGUUCUAGAAAAGCUAGUCACUGUUACUCCAACUACACAACCAACACCAGCCAUUAAAACACAAUAAUGCUAGGCAUGAAGUUAGCAAAAGCAACCUUGUGUCGCUAGUUCACUAGUAGCAUUUUAGCUAUUCCUAAUUUGAGAUGGGAUUCACAUUCGUUUUGAAACUGUGAGACCAUGCACAAAUGCUAAUGUGGCUAAUGUAGUGAUUCUCACCGUGGUUAGCCAUGUUAGCAUCGCUGAGUGAAGUAUUUCUUGUCACAUUUGUAAUAUCGCUACAACUGUUGCUAAUUUACUAUCGUAUUGUGCUAAAAAGCAGUUUGCUUUCUCUUGAUGGUUAGCAUCAAAUAUUUCUUGUCUGAUAAACUGACUUCCUGAGCCUGUAGAUCUCAGGCGUUCUAAAGAUUUCUAACACUAAUCCGAGCAACUUUAUCCAUACUAAAGGAGCCGAGUCAUGCUAAUUCAGGCUACAUGGUAGGCUACAGUUUCUGAUUAGCAAUAUCAGCGUAAAGUAUUUAUUAACGGUAUUACUGGUUACACUAGCUAUAGCAAACGGAAGCUGCAGACUCUAGUGGCCAUCUUUCAAGGUUUAUGGAAGAUGAAUAGGUUUUGAACUAAACUAUAGAGGAGGCUGUUAGGCGCCCUUUAGCUAAAGAAAAAAAAUAAAGUAGCACUCGCUAAGGUGUUGUAUUUGCAUAAAACUAACUUAGCCUUGCUGAUUUAGAAGGAUUUUUAGGACUGCUGGAAUUUUCUAGAAUAAAAGGUAUGCCUUAGAUUUGGACUGGAGCUAUGUAGCUAAUGAAGUCUGUAGAAAAUAUACAGUUUAAAAAGGACAAUUUAAAAUAAACCAGUAAAUAUAUUUCUAAACUAUCCGGAACAGUUCAUAUUUAGAAAUUGAAGUGGAUUGAUUUCAUCUACAGUUUUUCAUCUUUUUUUUUUUGUUGGUGUGUUUGUUAUUUCACAUUAUUGCACAUUGUUUACAAGAGCGUCAACCUGCUGCUUUGUACCAUUUGCGUUUUUUUAACAGGAAAUAGAUCCAGCCCUCUGCACAUACUCCGGCAUCAUUCACUAAAUGAAAAUUGAAUGGAAUUUUUUUUUUUUUAAAUGAUCAUCCCUAUAUGGACAUAUUUCUGUACUAUUAUGAAAUGCACAAUCGCAGAUGCUCAUGUAAGAUUGUAAAGCAACAGCCCAGGUUUGUUGUGUAUUUAUUUGAGGAUGUAAAAGUGUGAUCUUGUAACUAUAUUGUAUAAUAAAAAAAAAAUCAUAAAUAAAAUAUGUACAUAGUUCCAA